AUGGCAACCAGUGAAACUACGCCACUGCUUCCGGGCCGUAAAGACGCGCCUUUGGCCACUCAGAAGGGCUUUGGGGCGUCGGUCAGAGGCAUAUUCACCAAUGUCGAGAACCGCAUCCUAGCGGCCGGGUUUCUGAUAUGCGUCGCUUUCAGUUACACCCAAGUCCCGCUCAUGUAUGUGUUCCAUCUCAUGGUAUGCGACGAGUAUUACGACCAUCAUCCGCCCUUUGAAGGCCCCGGUCAGCGAUGCAGCCGCGACGAAAUUGCUGCUGGGACCGCGGCUCAAUUCAGUAUUCUAGGAAUGAGCACGACGCUAUGUGGAACUCUCAAUCUAUUCCUCGCCGGAUGGACGGUCAAGAAGAUUGGCCCUCGCGCCGCUCUCAUAAUCCAGACCUUUGUGCCUGCGAUUCGAGUCCUUGCGCAGAUCCUGGGAGUCAUCGCGGGCAAACGGACCGGCAUGCUGAUUAUCCAAAGCACUCAGCUCUUCACCAUUGUUGGCGGGCCCGCGGGAUACAUUCUCAUCACCAACAUCAUCGCCACUGGUGGAAUGAUUGGCGAUGCGAUCGAUAUUCGCGCCCCCUUCGAUUUUGCCUGCGUCACGUUUCUCAUCGCCUGCGUCUACGUCCGCUUCGGCCUCCCGUACAUCUCGCCAGAGUCUAUGAGCAACAAGAAACCAGGUCGGCAAGGCAUUGCAGGCUUCUUCGCACCGCUCAAGAUCCUCGUGCCGCAGCGCAUGCGCUCAGCCAACGGUAGUGUCAAGAAGCACUAUGGCGUAGUGAUUCUCUGCGCCGGCAUAUUCCUAGGAGUCCUGGCAACGGAUUACGCACCUCUGUUGAUCCAAAUGUACGCCACCGCGGCCUUUGACUUUGACCAGGCCGACAACGGCUGGCUCAUGUCUGAAUUUGCCUUUAUGAGAAGCAUAUUCCUCAUCCUGCUCUUCCCGCGCAUCAUCAACUUCGGCCGCCACCUGAUGAAGCGUACUUCAAGCCCAGCACCAGAAGACUCUGACGAUUCGUCCAUAUCCACGGCGGAUACCCAAUUACCAACCGAGCCCGGUGACUUCGAUGCAGCUACCGGUGAGCAGACCGAUGUUGAGCCAACUAAACCGCUUCCCUCGACGCAUCACCGCGAAGUCGGGCGCUUUGAUCUCAUUUUCCUACGAUGGAGUCUCGUAGUUGACGGAGCACUCACUACCGUGGUCGCAUUUGCCACAAAGAGGUGGCAUAUCUAUCUGGCUGCAUUCCUCUUACCUUUUGGAUCCGGCUCUGCGCCAGCCGCCAAGGGCGUCAUCACAGACAUGUGUUCAGAGUCGCAGCGCGCGGAUGCCCUCAACGCCGUGACCCUUGUAGAGAACAUUGCCCGAUUGUCAACACAGGGGCUAUUUGGGUUUGUAUUUUCGAGUCUUGCAGGCGUAGGCAAGGCAUACAUAACGUUUUUCUGCAACGCGGCAAUUGCAGUGAUUGGAAUGACAGUCUUGCUGUUUUCCCGUUUCCCACCUGCGGGCAGUACACUAGUUGAUGAGGACGCUGAAGAAACAGGAGAAGAUCAAGAUUAA